GCGUUCUGCAAAUCCCGGUUCUGGGAAUGUUGCUUCGGAGGGUUUUGUGUAAAGUGACAGCGCGGCGGGCAGCAAGGAAGGAAAUGAUGUGAUCGUUGAACGAGGUCUUGUAGUCUGGACACGUGACGUGAAGACAAAAGCAGGAUGGAAGCAGACAUCAAGGCUCAGCUGGUUAUUGUCCUGGUCGAGGGAAUGACUUGCAAUUCUUGCGUUCAAACAAUUGAGCAAAGGAUCGGAGCAUUUAAUGGAGUUCACAGUAUUCAGGUAUCAUUGCAAGAAAGAAAUGCUUCCAUUAUUUAUGAUCCCAAGUCACAGACGCCUGAAGCAUUGCGGGAAGCUAUUGAGGAUAUGGGAUUUGAUGCGUCCUUAACUAACACAAACCCACAAACUAUACCUACAGACAACAUCUUUCUCCAGUUACCAGAAGAGCAAUCUGCUGAACAAAUCCGCAACAGUCUUCUACAGCUUAAGGGAGUUGUGGAUGUGAAGACCUCCCUUGAGGGGAAAGUGGCCAGUGUAACUUUUAUACCUACCGCUGUAAGCACUGACCUGAUGAUUCAAAACAUCCCAGGGCUGAGUGUAGACACAAUGACCACAAAGGUGAAGUCUUCAGGGUCUAAUGAAAGUAGACUGUCUCAGGGUGGUGACAUUUUGGUGAAAAUGAAAAUAGAAGGAAUGACUUGUCAUUCUUGUACCAGUACUAUUGAAGGCAAAAUUGGCAAAUUGAAAGGAAUCCAGCGCAUUAAAGUGUCCCUUGAUAAUCAAGAAGCCCAUAUCGUAUAUAAUCCUCACCUCAUUACAGCAGGCGAAAUCAGGACCCAAAUCGAAGAAGCUGGUUUUACAGCAUUUAUAAAAAACAAACCACCUCCAAAACUGGGUGCCAUAGAUGUAGGACGUUUGACUAGUCUACAAGCUAAUGGCAGUGGGGGCCUUCUGCAAAACGUACACGUGCCUCAUAGUGACUUUAAAAGAGCUGUUUUCCAGGUAGACGGCAUGCACUGCAAAUCUUGUGUUGUCAACAUCGAGAGCAAUAUGAGUACUCGCCCUGGUGUGUCAAGUGUCAAAGUUUCAUUAGAAAAAAAAAUAGCUAAAAUAAAUUAUAAUCCUAGUCUCUCAAAUCCUGAGGUACUCAGCCGAGCAAUAGAAACUUUGUCACCUGGGGUGUUUAAAGUGAGUCUUUGCAAUGAUGAAGACCCUCCCCGUGUUCAGAAUUCGCUCGCACCUCCAUCUGCAGAUCAUGUUCCUUUUCACAGGAUAAGCCGUGAACUUGCUACUAAAGUGACUGUUAUAAACAUUGAAGGGAUGACAUGCAAUUCAUGUGUGCAGUCAAUUGAAGGACUCAUUUCCCAGAAACCAGGUGUAAAGUCAAUACAAGUCUCCCUGGACAAUCAUAAUGGCACUGUGGAAUAUGACCCAGCUAUAACAAGUCCAGAAACUAUAAAAGAAUCCAUUGAAGAUAUGGGAUUUGAUGCAUCUCUCCCUGGAACAAUAUCUUUAUUGGGAAGUUCUCCAAGACCUGACCUGAAAUCUCUGCAUCCUAAUGACAUUAGCAGCAAAGAAAAACCCAUUCUCAGCAAACAGGAAAACAGGACAACAAAUAAGUGCUUCAUUCAGGUUACUGGCAUGACCUGCGCCUCUUGUGUGGCAAAUAUAGAACGGAAUCUUCGCAGAGAAGAUGGAAUAUAUUCUGUCCUGGUAGCACUGAUGGCUGGAAAAGCAGAAGUGAGAUAUAACCCUGUCAUUAUACAGCCUUCUGGUAUUGCUGAACUUAUUCAGGAACUCGGGUUUGGAGCCACAGUGCUGGAGAAUUAUGAUGAAGGAGAUGGUGUUUUAGAACUGGUGGUUAGGGGAAUGACAUGUGCUUCCUGCGUACAUAAAAUAGAGUCCCACCUGAUGAAAACUAAAGGUGUACUGUAUAGCUCAGUUGCACUUGCGACAAACAAAGCUCAUGUUAAAUAUGACCCUGAAAUUAUUGGCCCAAGGGAUCUCAUGAAAAUUAUAAAUAAUUUAGGUUUCAGCACAUCCCUGGUUAAAAAAGACAGAUCAGCAAGUCACUUGGAUCACAAAACUGAAAUACAACGGUGGAAACGUUCCUUCCUGAUCAGCUUAAUUUUCUGCAUUCCUGUAAUGGGGUUAAUGAUACACAUGAUGUUUAUGGACAGCCAUCAGCCAAUGUUUCACCAUCACAAUAUGACGAUGCAUGACAUUGCUAUGCACCACCCUACAAUGGUCCUGGAAUAUCAGAUCCUUCCAGGUUUAUCCAUCAUGAAUUUGUUGUCUCUCUUGUUGUGUAUACCUGUGCAGUUUUUAGGUGGUUGGUACUUCUAUAUUCAAGCGUACAAAGCUCUGAAACACAGAACAGCCAACAUGGAUGUACUGAUUGUCCUAGCUACCUCCAUUGCGUUCAUCUACUCCUUGGUGAUCCUUAUUGUCGCAAUGUAUGAAAAAGCAACAGUGAACCCUAUUACAUUCUUUGACACCCCACCAAUGCUCUUUGUCUUCAUUGCCCUGGGUCGCUGGUUAGAGCAUGUUGCAAAGAGCAAGACGUCAGAAGCACUUUCCCGGUUAAUCUCACUGCAGGCGACUGAAGCAACAAUUGUAACGCUGGGAACUGACAACUCUGUUAUAAGUGAAGAGCAGGUGGAUGUGGAGUUGGUACAACGAGGUGACAUUGUGAAGGUGACACCAGGAGGAAAGUUUCCUGUAGAUGGGAGAGUGUUUGAAGGACACUCCAUGGUGGAUGAGUCUCUAAUUACAGGUGAAGCCAUGCCAGUAACUAAGAAACCAGGCAGCAGUGUAAUUGCUGGCUCCAUUAACCAAAAUGGCUCCCUGCUAAUUACAGCUACACAUGUUGGUUCAGACACUACUUUGUCACAAAUUGUUAAACUUGUGGAAGAGGCCCAAACAUCAAAGGCUCCUAUCCAGCAAUUUGCAGAUAAACUUAGUGGCUACUUUGUUCCAUUUAUUGUACUUGUGUCUUUACUCACACUGGUCGUUUGGAUUAUUAUUGGUUACCGCGAUUUUGAGAUUGUGGAAAGAUAUUUUCCGGGAUACAACAAGAGCAUUUCAAAAGGAGAAGUGAUUGUCCGCUUUGCUUUCCAAGCAGCUAUUACAGUCUUGUGCAUUGCCUGCCCCUGCUCACUGGGACUGGCUACCCCAACUGCUGUCAUGGUCGGCACUGGAGUCGGCGCUCAGAAUGGGAUAUUAAUUAAAGGUGGAGAGCCCUUGGAAAUGGCACACAAGGUGAAGACAGUUGUUUUUGAUAAAACUGGAACCAUUACACAUGGGUCUCCGGUAGUAAUGCAAGUGAAGGUUUUGGUGGAAAAUAACAGGAUGCCUUCCCGCAAGCUUCUGGCAAUAGUGGGCACAGCGGAGAGUAACAGUGAGCACCCUCUGGGCGCAGCCGUCACCAAGUACUGUAAAGAGGAAUUAAACGCUGAGAUGUUGGGCACCUGCUCUGAUUUCCAGGCUGUUCCUGGAUGUGGAAUAAGCUGCAAAGUCAGCAACAUAGAACAGUUUCUCUACAGCACUGACCAGAAGACCAGCACAAAAAACAGCAGGAAUACUCUUUUGGUUCAGAUAGAUGGACAACAUGAGGAAUCCAUACUUCAGCCCUUCAUAGAAGCCCCUGAUCCAACCUCUUUACCGUCUCAGACGUACUCGGUUUUAAUAGGGAACCGUGAGUGGAUGAACAGAAAUUUUCUUUCUUUGAAGAAUGAAACAGACGUUCUUAUGGCAGAACAUGAGAAGAAAGGCCGCACUGCUGUCCUGGUCUCGGUAGAUGGGGUGCUGUGUGGUUUGAUAGCUAUUGCUGACACUGUGAAGCCUGAAGCAGCAUUAGCCGUUCAUACGUUGCGUUCAAUGGGCCUUGACGUGGUUCUGAUGACCGGUGAUAACAGCAAGACGGCCAAGACUAUUGCUGCCCAGGUUGGAAUAACCAAGGUGUUUGCUGAAGUUCUCCCAUCCCAUAAAGUUGCUAAGGUUAAGCAAUUGCAAGACCAAGGUGUGCGUGUGGCAAUGGUAGGAGAUGGAAUCAACGACUCACCAGCUCUUGCUAUGGCCAACGUGGGCAUUGCUAUCGGAACAGGGACUGAUGUCGCCAUAGAAGCUGCUGAUGUGGUUCUCAUACGGAAUGAUCUUCUAGAUGUAGUGGCCAGCAUAGAUUUAUCACGCAAGACAGUGAAGAGAAUCCGAAUAAAUUUUGUCUUUGCUCUGGUCUACAACCUUGUUGGCAUCCCUAUAGCUGCAGGUGUCUUUAUGCCAGUUGGUCUGAUUUUGCAGCCAUGGAUGGGUUCAGCAGCAAUGGCUGCCUCUUCUGUUUCAGUAGUUUUUUCUUCUUUGUUGCUUAAACUCUACCGUAAACCAAGUAGAGAGAAGCUGGAACUCAAAGCACAAGGCCAAAUGCACCAGAAGUCUCUUUCAGAAAUUAGCGUUCACAUAGGUAUCACGGAAAACAGAAGAAAUUCUCCCAAGCUUGGCAUCUUGGAUCGCAUUGUUAAUUACAGUCGGGCGUCCCUCAAUUCCUUUCUCUCCGACAAGAAUUCCCAACACAGCAUCCCUCUGCAUGAGCCAGACAAGCAUUCACUCCUUGUUGGGGACUUAAGAGGGGAGGAAGACACCUUCUUGUAAACAGCUCAUACAACAUAUUGUGGUUACAUAAAAACAAUGUCUGUUUUGUGAUGCAAAUUAUGCUGAAGGUUCUGUGUGAAACAGUAGUUAGGACUCCUAUUACGUAUCUAGAUCAAUAAUCACAUACAAAAGACGAAAUACAUCUGUACUAAUAGGAGCACAACACCUUGAGGGAAAAAAGUAUUGUAUGUCGACAAGAAAA